UUCUAUGCUCCAGAUAUAGAGCAGAUGCACGUGGUGGACCAUGUGAAAGGGCAGCCAACUCAGGAGAAACGCAACGUGCUGGUUGAGAGUGCCAGAAUCGCCAGAGGCAACAUCAAGGACCUAGCCAUGCUUAAUGUCAAGGAACUGGAUGCCCUGAUCAUACCAGGUAGUUUUGGAGUGGCUAAGAACCUCAGUACUUGGGCAACACAGGGGAAGAACUGCACGGUCUCUAAAGUUGUGGAGGACACUUUGAAGUCAUUCCAUGCUGCCAAGAAACCCAUUGGCAUGUGCUGCAUCUCCCCAGUCCUGGCAGCCAAAAUCUUCCCAGGAUGCGAGCUGACGGUUGGACAGGACAAAGAAUGUGAGAAGUGGCCCUAUGCAAAGACUGCAGAGGCCAUGAAGGAACUUGGCUGCAAACACGUGAACAAGCAUGUAGACGAGAUUCAUGUGGAUGUGAAGAACAAGCUAGUGACGACCAGUGCCUUCAUGUGCAAUGCCCCGGUCCAUGAAGUCUAUGAUGGUAUUGGAAAGAUGAUCAAAGAAGUGCUGAAACUUGCCUGA